AUGAGUUUUAAUGAAAAUUUAUUCCAUCAAAUUAAAGUUGAGGGACGCUCAACAGAUGCUUUAUUUACUGUUCCAAAGCAAUACACCAAUCUUUCAUAUUUAAGCACUGGUGCUCAGGGAAUUGUUGUAAAAGCUUAUGAUACGGUUGCACAAGAACAAGUUGCAAUCAAAAAAAUCAUUCAUCCAUUUUUAACAACAAUGACAGCUCGUCGAACAUAUCGAGAAUUCGUCCUGCUCACAACAAUGAAACAUCCUAAUAUAAUAAUGCUUAAAAAUGCUUUCACACCGCAUCAAUCAUUGGAAGAUUUUGAUGAUAUUUAUGUAGUGAUGGAAUUAAUGAAUUAUAAUUUAUCUCAAGAUUUGAAGCCAAGUAAUAUAGUGGUAAAUGAUAAAUGCAUUCUCAAAAUUCUUGAUUUUGGUUUAGCAAGAAAAAUUGAAACAGGCGAAC